UAGAUAAAUUAACAGAAUAUAAAUGGAAGAUUUCUUCCGCUAUAAUUUUCAUACUUUUGUAUACUUAAAACGGAAUAGUCGUAGUGAAACCUUGAUGUAAAUGACAAUUUUCUGAACACUGAAAUAGAGAAGCAAUUAGUGUUCGACAAUGAGAAAGAUUCACGCGAGAAAUCGUGCAAUGCCGUGUGAUAGGACCGUGAAACUCGUGUCGUGCCACUGAAGCGACAAAGUGUCCGACGUGCAUCCGGUUGUCUGACUGCGGAAGCGUAAAACUCGUCCUGUGUGCAUCCGUUUUAUGAAUUCAAUAAACAAGGGAAUUGUGAUGUAAGAGAUGCGUCGUGGUGACAUCGCGGCAACCGCGAUAGCCCUUUUGAUUCUUGGGCAGAUCCAGGGACCACGGCAAACGAGGGUGGUCGGUGCUGUGGUGGUCGGCGCGGCCGUUUGCGGUCGUAUUCCCGGUCUGGCGAAGAGUCAACGGGAGCAGUGCAGAAAAGCGCCGCACGCGAUGCCAGCUGUGGGCGAGGGUGCGGAGCUGGGUCUUCGCGAGUGCCGGCAUCAGUUCAGACAUCACCGUUGGAACUGUUCCCACGUGGCGAACGAUCAGGUCUUCGGCCACGUGGUCGUAGUAGGAAGCAGGGAAGCAGCUUUCACGUACGCAAUAAGUUCAGCGGGUGUAACGUACGCCGUGACCGCAGCUUGCAGCAGGGGCAACAUCACAGCUUGCGGUUGCGAACCCACCAUAAGAACGAGAAAGGAAUUGCCACCGAAUGGCUGGGAAUGGGGUGGUUGCAGCGCAGAUGUUACCUAUGGUAUGAGGUUCGCGCGUAGGUUUCUGGACGCGAGGGAGGUGGAGGGUGACGCAAGGAGCCUGAUGAACCUCCAUAAUAACAAGGCAGGACGAAAGAUAGUUAAAGCCUUGUUGCAAACGGAAUGCAAAUGUCACGGCGUGUCCGGCUCAUGCACCGUGAGAACAUGUUGGCGAACUCUGCCUAGUUUUCGUCAGAUUGGCGAUGCCCUGAUGAAAAAAUAUUACAGAGCCAGGCCGGUGAUAGCCAUUACGCCGCCACCACCCCCUACGAUGCAGAGUUUGGACACCCUGCAUUCAACAUCAGCAGAGAUGGUACCAAUUUUGGGAAACGACGCGAAAACCCAAGGAAAACCGAACGAUCUCUCAAAAUCCCGACACGAUCGACAACCCCCAAAGAAAGCCAUUAAACCGAGAAGGCCGCAUUUGGUGCUGAAGAGAACGAAAACUAAUGGCGGAUCGGGCGUGGGACCGAAAAGGAUUCCAAAGAGAAGCGAGCUGGUUUUUCUACAGCCUUCCCCUAAUUACUGCGAGCCGGAUUUGGCACAGGGCAGUCUGGGAACACAGGGCAGAUAUUGCAAUCGUACUAGCAAAGGUACCGACGGAUGUGACCUGAUGUGCUGCGGUCGUGGAUACAACACGCAUCAAUUUACAAGAACGUGGCAGUGCAGAUGCAAAUUUCACUGGUGUUGUCGCGUGCAUUGCGAGACGUGCACCGAACGUACCGAAGAGUACACGUGCAAAUAAAUGCUUGAGCGUAUUUGCAAUCGGGCGGCAUCAUGUAAAUAUUUAGUAGAUGCAACUGACCACGAAGAGAGCUGCUCGAAAUCGACAAACGCGUCUCGAGAAAGAAUUUCACCACGAAUCAGCCAACGAUUAUUUAAUUCCGUUAUCUCGUAACCGUAAUCUAUUCUUUAACUGCGACCUAAAUCGAAGUACGUAGGAUUUGUAUAGUUCUGAUAUUUAAUAUGAUAUCGUAUAAUCGUACGGACAUUUUAGCCUGUGAACUCGACGUUCAUUAUGAUAAUAUGUGAUAAUAAGAUUUUGGGGACCGUACAAGUAGGGGUGAUUUUGAGGGAACAAAUAUUAAAUUAUUACUUUUGAAUACUCGGAAAAAUAUUGUAGUAUUAAUAGUUGCAUGAUUAUAAUACGAAGUUAAAAUUAUAGAAACUGAAAUUUAUUUAAAAUUAUGUCAAGCUAUAUGA